CUCCAGUACCAAGUGGAGAACAAGAUGAAAUUCCUCUUAGUCGGCCCAAAAAGAAAAAAGUCAAGAAAAACUCAUUAGAGUCAGAAACAUCAUUUACCGAACAGAAUGGAAAUGACAUGGAUCCUUCGCCAGUGGAAGAAACAGUAACCCGUAAACAAUGGAAAAGAGUAAAGACGUUUUCAGGCUGCAGACCGCAAGGAUUUGAUUAAAACUACUGAACAUGUUCAAGUGUUUAUGGAUGUAAAGGCUUCCUGGACUACUAAGGACGUGGCACUUUCAGUUCAUCGUGGUUUUAGAGUAAUUGGAUAUUUUACCCACGGCUUUCUCGCUGGCUAUGCUGUGUGGAACAUCAUAGUGAUUUAUGUUCUGGCAGGAAAUCAGCUUUCAACCCUUUCAAACUUGCUACAGCAGUACAAGACUUUGGCAUAUCCUGCUCAAUGUCUCCUUUAUUUUCUACUUACAAUAAGUACCAUUUCAGCUUUUGACAGAAUCGAUUUGGCUAAAGCAGCAGUGGCAAUACGCAGUUUUCUUACAUUGGACCCAGCAGCAAUUGCAUCUUUCA